UAGUUGCUCAGAGACUAAGAUAGGUGGCUUAGCGUCAUACAAAGCACAUUCGAGCGGUGCGCUUCACCAAGUCGAAACAAAACCAAUUUUAUUGUCUCUUGUCUUCAAUUAUAAAUUUAUAACAAAGUGAAAACCUCAACGUCGGCCUGUUUGUAUCAAAAAUUCAUCAUCCAGGAUAUAAAUUCAACAACAUCUGUUUGAUUUCCAGAGUUGUUGGUUAUUUUAUUCAAUUUUGGUGUGCUGUUUCAAUACAUUUCAAUUGUGGGGAGUUUUAUUUCGUCGUUUUGCCGCAACCAACGACCAUUUGGACGAGAAAAAAACGCGAGCCAUUCAUCAUCUUUGAAUACGUUCGAAUUAUCGAGAAUCAAAACAAAGAAGAAGAAAAAAAAGAAACAUACAUAACCAUUACAACCAACAAGUGAAAUCGACUCGUUUUGCUUCAACCGAAACAAAAAAAAAAUCAUCGGAUUUUUAAACUAACGGAUAAAAAUCUCAUGAAGUUGCAACUCAAAGCAGUACAACGGCGAGCAAAGAAGAAAUAUAUUGUUGUUAAAGAAAAUAUUUCAUAAUUUUUUUUUCGUUUUGUGAAUUGAAAUUGUUCGGAAAAACAGAUAAAUUGAUACAAUGAUCGAAGAGAUUGUAUUCAACAAAAUCAAACUUAUAUACAUUAUUAGUGAACCAAAUUAACUUGAUUUCAUCGCCUUUUGCCGUUUAUAUUUUUUGCGAAAAAAAACCGAAAGAGCGAAAAUAUCCAGCGUGUGUUUUUCAAACUUUUUGUUUGGCAACCGAAAAGUAUAAAUUGAGCAUUUUGUGUGGAAAUAAAUUCAUCGAUCUUGUUUUGUAUCGCUUUCGAUCGUUUCGCAAGUUUCGAGAAUUAUUCGUUUUUUGGUCAGUUUUGGGGUUAGAAAUUUUUGUGAAAAGAAUAGAAACAGACAGCAUAGAACACCGCACUGUUUCACAUCAAUCAACAAAACAAGGCAAUCGUUUAUUCUUUGGUUCGAGAGCUGCUGCUAUAUUGCUAUAUCAACUAGAUAAAAGGAAAUCAUCAUCACAACAUUGCCAUAAAUAGUUCUUCUCCGGAAAUAUUGAUACGAAAUCUAUCUACAGAGGAAUUUGAUCAGCACGACUGUUUGUAGGACGCGACGGAAAAGGAGAAUUUACAACAACCGUCAACCGAAAAUCUAAUUUUUAAACAACAUUUAGCCAAACUAAUUUGUUCGCAUUCAAACUUAUCCAGACGGACAACAUAUAAAAACAAAAACAAUAAAACAACAACAAUAACACACACAAAAAUCACAUUUAAAAACAAACCACUGAAAACGGUCAUUCAUUCAUUUUUGCUGACAUUCUCCAAGAUCCAAAAAUGCUGACGAACAAACUACCUGAGGAGGUCGACACGCUUUUGUCGAAAGGUCAAAUUCCUAUCAUCGAUUUGGCGCAUUGUGGCACUGAAGAGUGUCCAAAGAAGUCUGUGGUGAAUCGCGUUGCAAGCCAAUUGCAGAAAGCGCUAUGUGAAAAAGGCAUUGCGUUUUUGGUAAAUCACGGAAUCUCGGAAGAAAAGCUGAAAACUGCUUGGUUGCAUUUGGAUGAUUUUUGUAAAUUGCCCAACGAUACCAAGGAGUUGUAUAUGCGUAAAGCGCCCGAUAAUCAUGGCUAUAUCAAACCAAGCCAGGAACGUUUUGAUGGUACUACGCCGGAAUUGCGGCAUGCAUUUAAUAUAUGUACAUUGAAUGCGGCCAUAUUGCCUGAGCAACCAUUACCUGGUUUCAAAGAGCACAUCGCCGAAUUGGCUAACGAUUUUAAGCACUUGUCUGCUUUAUUGUUGCAAGCGAUUGCUAUUGGUCUUGAUUUGCAAUCAAACUAUUUCCUCGAAAAUCAUUCCCAUAUGCUUUCUGGUAAUCAUGACAAUGAAACAACGUUGCGUCUAUUAUACUAUCCACCUGUCAUAAAGGAGGAUGACAACAAAUGCGAAAUGACAAAAGGACGGUGCAAGUACAGCCAACAACGCUGUAAUGGAAAUGGUGGCAUUGAUUUAGUACCACCGCGUGAUGUGAAAACGGAAAAAUCGAGAAAGAACUCGGACACCGAUACAGACGAUGAAACCGACGAUACCGAUGACAAUAACGGAAACAUAAGUGAUCAUUCGAAGUCAUCGAGAUCAUCACGUUCGAGUAGCGAAAAAGAGUUCAACGUCACCCGUUGCGGUGCUCAUUGCGAUUACGGUACAUUCACAUUGCUGUCGCAAGAUUCUGAAGGUGGUUUGGAGGCUAAAUUGCCCGGUUCAACGAAAUGGAAACGUGUCGGACAUCUUCCAGGAGCAAUUCUUAUUAAUACUGGCGAAAUUUUAUCGAUAUGGAGCCAAAAACGUUAUCCAGCUUUAUUACAUCGCGUUAUCAUUCCGGAACAAGAGAAUGUUCGUGUGCGUGGCCGACAUUCGAUGGCAUUUUUCUGUCACCCAGAUAACUGUACUUCCAUUCAGCCUCUUGAUAUUCCAACCAUCGAAGCACCAAUUUGUGAUAAAACGAAGAAACUGAAAAGACGUUCAUUUAAGGCUGCUAAAGAUAAAGUGUUUACCGCUUAUCAAUUGCUACAGGAAAAAUUCCGACAAACUUACGUUUCAUAGAACGGGACCGUGUACUUUGGGACCGUGGAAAAAAGCAUUUCAUCUUUUGUCAUCAAAAUUCGUACUCAUUGUUAACAUAAAAUAAAUCACAACUCGUUCGAAAUGUUUAAACCAACUAUAUCGACAGUCAAAUAAUCUCGUUAUCUCGAAAACCCGUCAAAUUUAAUUCAAAUAUCUAUACCAUUAGUGUCACCCGAGCACACACUUCAAAUCCAUCAAAAGCAACAACAGCAAAAAACAACCCUCCAUUCUUCGCGUGUGUUUUAUCAUCCAUAUAUUGAAUAUGUGUAUUGUGUAUUGCGUAUUGCGUAUUUUACGUAUCCUUAAAAUACCUUAAGCCAUUCAAUUGUGUCUUCUUUCGUUUCUUCAUUUAUUUUUGUAUUAUUUCACGACUUGAAUGUUCUCUUUUAAUUUUUGAUCAAGCAAUAAAGUUUUAAAAAAAUCAAUCGAUUCAAGGCGGACAAAUGCCUACAAAUCUAUAUGAUAAAUUAUGUACUUGUGAUAACAAGCAAGCGAGAGAAAAAUAACAAAAAAAAAAUC